AUGCGCAGCGCCAGGACGUUGGUCCGGAAUGGGCAGCCGAAGCAAUUGGCCGGCAGGACCAGCUACGUCUGCCGGCAAUGUAGGGCAAUUCAGAUCAGCUCUGCGCCUACGACAGAAUCACCGCGUCUUGGUGGGGAUGCAUUCGGCUCGCCGCUGAGCACGUACAAAGAUGUCGCAGAUGCACGAUUCGAAGUGAUAGGCACACCUUAUUCCCUUCUUUCGGUCGACUUGUCCGCAUCACAAAAGCUCUACACAAGACGAGGAACAUUGGUGGCAGUUUCUGGCAAGGCACAAAACGCCCAAUCGACAUUGUCCCUUCUGUCGCCCUUCAGUCGCGCACUUACUGGUGUGCCAUUCCUAUACCAGCGCGUUACCUCGACGACUCCGUUACAAGCACUUAUUGCUACGAAAUCGCCGACGACAACCUUCUCAGUAUUACACUUGGAUGGAACCACAGACUGGGUGGUUGGCCAGCGAUCAGCAUUGCUGGCAUGGACUGGCCACACCCUAACAGUUACUCCACGGAUACGAUACCGCCUGCCUUUGGCUCACUGGGGCUGCUCCGAACUCACCGGCCGCGGACUGGUCGCUCUCUCGGCGCCUGGUCAUGUUCACCAGCUGACCUUGGCUGAAGGGGAGGAAAUUGUGCUACAUCCGUCCAACGUUGUGGCUUACACGAUUACGCGCAACCCCCCUCUGCCAUUCCGGUUCAAGAGCUCUGGUAUUCGAUUCCAGAUCCCAGCCGUUUCGGCCUGGUUCGGCAACAUCAAGUUCGUCCAGUCCAUGCGUACAACCGAGUGGUACAAGUUCUUGAGCCGUGUUCUUCACAGCCUGCGUACGAUGACGAGAAGGACCAUUUGGGGCGACCGGCUCUUCCUGCAGUUUCAAGGACCUGCUACAAUUCUCAUGUCGAGCAGAGCAGCAAGAAUCAGCGAUGUCCUCACGAAAGACGAGGUCAAUGAGAUUGCCGGUGCUCCAGCUGGUGUCGUGGGCGAAGCAGUUGAUCUAGCAACGAAGCCAAAGCCGAGCCCGGUAGCUCCAGUCAAGGCCGACGAGGUGCCCGUCAAGGACAGUAUUGCUAGCGCGGGCCAGGAUGGCAAGGCCCCAUUUUCGGAUGCGAAAAAUGUCGAGGACUUUGAGAAGGUGAAGUCGUCGUAA